AUGGCUCUCUCGUGUGUUGCAUGGAGGGCAACUCCAACGACAUCACCUUAUAUCCAUAACGGUCGCCAGCUGCUACGCCCUAUCCUACGCCGUCGAGUCCAUUCCGAACCCUCGUCUUCCUCUCGAAUGCGUUUGAGACUUCAAUCCUUUAAUAACUGCCUCCCCAAGUUCCUUCGGUCCUACACCACACCCCUUUUCAAUGCGCCAGUAACCCAUAUAACCUCGUUCUUAAUCCUACACGAACUAACAGCUGUUAUACCCCUUUUUGGUCUUGUUGGAGUGUUCCAUUAUGGUGGAUGGCUGCCCUCACUGGGUAAUUCUAAUGGAACCUCACCCGUAGACGAAGGAGUCAGGAAGUUUGGAAAAUGGCUCCGGAAGCGAGGAUGGGUUCAAGAUGUGGAAGAUAUGUCUGCCAUGAACAAGGGAGCAAUACGGGUUGAAGACAAUGCUAGUGAGCUUACAGCAAAAGAUAGACAAGGUCUACGGUUAAUACUGGAGUUUGCUACAGCGUACGCAAUUACCAAAGCGUUACUUCCAGUGAGAAUUGCUUGGAGCGUAUGGGCAACUCCAUGGUUUGCGCGAACAGUUGUAGGGCCUGUUGGACGAGCUGUGGGAAGGCUAGCGUCUACAAAUAAGGGAAGAUAG